AUGGAAGGGAAAGUUAACCUUGGGCAUGAAGGCUGGAUCGAGCCUAAGGACAACCCUGUUGCUGUGAAAGGUGCAGAGGUCUGCCCUGGUAGAAAGAGUGUUAAGCUCGGAUACCCACCUGGUGGAGGUGAUCGCCACAAGGAAGACCACCUUGAGGCAAGAGAUGAGAAUGUAGCCACUUUCCGUGGCUCCGAGUACCUGUGCUAUGACCUCUCCCAGAACCCCAUUCAAAGCAGCAGUGAUGAAAUCACACUGUCCUUCAAGACAUGGCAGCGCAAUGGCCUUAUCCUGCACACGGGCAAGUCGGCUGAUUAUGUCAACCUGGCUCUGAAAGAUGGCGCCGUCUCACUGAUCAUUAACUUGGGAUCUGGAGCCUUUGAAGCCAUUGUGGAGCCAGUCAGUGGCAAAUUUAAUGACAACCAAUGGCACAACGUAAAAGUGACUCGCAACCUGCGGCAGGUGACAAUCUCUGUGGAUGGAAUCCUCACCACUACUGGCUACACACAAGAGGAUUAUACUAUGCUUGGCUCAGAUGAUUUCUUCUAUGUCGGUGGAAGUCCCAGUACAGCUGAUUUACCUGGAUCUCCUAUCAGCAAUAAUUUCAUGGGUUGUCUGAAGGAGGUUGUUUAUAAAAAUAAUGAUAUUCGUCUGGAGUUAUCUCGUUUGGCAAGGAUUGGCGACACAAAAAUGAAAAUCUACGGGGAGGUGAAAUUUACAUGUGAGAAUGUGGCCACAUUGGAUCCAAUCAAUUUUGAAAAUCCCGAGGCCUAUAUUAGUCUGCCUAAGUGGAACACCAAGAGAAUGGGGUCUAUCUCUUUUGACUUCCGCACUACAGAGCCCAAUGGCCUUAUUCUUUUCACUCAUGGUAAACCCCAAGAAAGGAAAGAUUCCAGAAGCCAGAAGAACACCAAAGUGGAUUUCUUUGCAGUAGAACUCCUGGAUGGAAAUCUCUACCUUCUUCUUGAUAUGGGCUCUGGAACUGUCAAAGUAAAGGCAACUCAGAGGAAAGCCAAUGAUGGAGAAUGGUAUCAUGUUGAUAUACAGAGAGAUGGUAGAUCAGGUACCAUUUCAGUGAACAGCAGACGGACCCCUUUCACUGCAAGUGGAGAGAGUGAGAUCUUGGAUCUUGAAGGAGACAUGUACCUGGGAGGAUUGCCGGAAAAUCGGGCUGGCCUUGUCCUUCCUACUGAGUUGUGGACAGCUAUGUUGAACUAUGGUUAUGUGGGCUGUAUCCGAGACCUCUUCAUUGAUGGCCGGAGCAAGAACAUCCGGCAGCUGGCAGAGCAGCAGAAUGCAGCUGGUGUCAAGUCUUCCUGCAUUAGGGUCAACACCAAACAGUGUGAUAGUUAUCCCUGUAAAAACAAUGCUGUCUGCAAGGAUGGCUGGAACCGCUUCAUUUGUGACUGCACAGGCACUGGCUACUGGGGAAGAACAUGUGAACGGGAGGCCUCCAUCCUGAGUUAUGAUGGCAGCAUGUAUAUGAAAAUUGUUAUGCCUAUGGUCAUGCAUACAGAGGCUGAGGAUGUGUCCUUCCGCUUCAUGUCCCAGCGUGCAUAUGGUCUGCUGAUGGCCACAACAUCACGUGAUUCAGCCGAUACACUACGACUUGAACUAGAUGGAGGCCGGGUCAAACUUAUGGUCAAUCUAGUUCUCUGCUUUAAAAAAGAACCAGCUGGUGUCACUGCUUCACAUUCUCCAGUUUUUAUUUGA